CUAGUGAAAGCGCUAUGUUAUUUAUCAUUUUGCUAUCUGGACUGUGCCUAGGUACCAAUUGUAACAGGUUGUGGAAGAUGCGAUGAAGUUUGUCGCUAGUCACCCUUUGACUACCUAGGUGGGCAACAAUAGCCAUCCAGAUGAAAAAGACCAUUAUCAUGGUGUUACCAUCAGUAGUGGUUACCAUGAACAUAUUUCCUUACAGCAAGCCAGUUUUCGGAAACAUUUUGGCCAUCUGGUGGUGGUGUCUGCGCCUUUUUCCUGUUCCAGGGUCGGGUUACAAGUGUAUCCCCAUCAUUGGUCUGCCACCGUCUAGGCAUAAAAUUACACGUUAGCUAUUGAGAACAACUCAUCAGGUUGUCACCGACAGGCAAAAUGAGAUUUAAACCAGUUCCUCGUCGUAAUUUCCCAUCAAUUCCCCAUUCUCGCGGUUAUUUCUAGAAAUUCGACAAUCGUUCCUUGUUCAAGACCCUUACGAACCUUUUAUUGAAUGAUAAAUGAUCCGACAAUGAUGAACAAAAAACGAGUAGAGGUCGCGACAAAGGAUACCACUAUGAUGAGUCCCAAAGCUCGGCAUUUGCUUCUACAUAAAACCACUUUAUCAAUUCUAUCAUUUUCUCUUCAAUCUACAAUACGAACUAUUGUCUCAAGACAAUUUGAAGAUUGUCGCAUAUCGCACAAGAUGCCAGUUCCAUCCCUAAAAACAGUCUUUAAAACGGGGAGGAUGACAAGGAACGAGCUUAUAAAAAUAUCCAAGGGUAUGGAUACGGCGCUCAAUUGCGUAUCACAUUUUGAAGGUCUUCAAGAUAAAGGGGGUUAUGGCUUCGGCCAGCAAUUUCCCUACGAACUUUAUAAGAAUGGGCUCCAACAACGACUCGUAGCAAUGUGCAUGGCGCAUACGCCGGGGGUACACGUGCUGGAUUAUGUCGGGUAUGACUACUCAGCUGCUUAUGUUGGGAGGGAGUUCGCCAGGUUCCUGCGCGUGCGUAAUCAGGAGAGUGCCGUGGUUCUCAGGGUCUAUGUGAAAGAUCGAAGAGCUGCGCCGAAGAUGAUAUUAUUACAGCUCAUCGGAUCGCUGAUUUGGAACAUGAUCAGUCUCGUGCCUAGUGAAUUUGAUGGCUCUGAAUAUUUGCGGAGUCGACUUUUUGAGGAGCUGAUGAAUUGCGGUCCUAAUAGCUUCGAUGCUGGAUUGAGGAUACUAGAAGCUCUGCCAUUGCUGGAAUUAAGUGGUAAAAAGAUGGUCUGCAUUGUUGACGGCUUAGAUCUUGCGGAAGAGGCGAGAACUCUAGGUCAACUACAGAGCUUAUUAGCCGUCUUUCGAGGUGUGAUUGCGAAGAAUCGUGGGAACAUCUUGUAUACAAUUAACAGGCGAAGUAGAAUAAUUCGAUAGAAUAAUGCAUGCGAAAAUAUACUUACGAUGUC